CGUGUCUUCCAUCCAAUGGCGUUACCAUCCCUACCCAUCCUUUUUAUUCCUCUGCUGAUCCGCCGUCCCUCAUGCACCCAUCUCCUUCUCCUUCAAUUGUUUGUUUUAAAGUCUCUGUUUUUAUUCACCCUUUUCAUCAAAAAGCUUCCUUUUCUGUUAGCCAUGUUGUUGAAAGCUUCCCCUGCUUUUUCUUUGUUGAAGAAUCCGACUGUGGAGAAUCGGGUACUCCUGUUUUCCUCUCUAUCUUGUCCAAAAAACAGGUCUGGGUCUGGGUUCGGUUCCGUUGUUUGUGCGACCAAAGGAGCCAACAGCAACCCAUUAACCGGUGUCAUUUUCGAGCCCUUUGAGGAAGUGAAGAAGGAGUUUGAUCUGGUCCCAUCUCAGCCUCAAGUGUCCCUGGCUCGUCAAAAGUAUUCGGAUGAAUGUGAAGCCGCCAUCAAUGAACAAAUCAAUGUGGAGUACAAUGUUUCCUAUGUGUACCAUGCUAUGUUCGCUUACUUCGACAGGGACAACGUUGCGCUCAGAGGCCUUGCCAAGUUCUUUAAGGAAUCUAGCCUAGAAGAGAGAGAACAUGCUGAGAAAUUGAUGGAAUACCAGAAUAAGCGAGGCGGAAAAGUGAAGCUGCAGUCCAUACUGAUGCCCUUCUCGGAGUUUUAUCAUGUAGAGAAAGGAGAUGCCUUAUAUGCAAUGGAGCUUGCCUUGUCCCUGGAGAAACUAACGAAUGAAAAGCUAUUGAACUUGCACGGUGUGGCUGAGAGGAACCAUGAUGUGCAGCUGACGCAUUUCGUUGAAAGCGAGUACUUAGCCGAGCAGGUGGAGGCCAUCAAGAAAAUAUCAGAAUAUGUGGCUCAGUUGAGAAGAGUUGGCAAAGGACAUGGGGUGUGGCACUUUGAUCAGAUGCUCCUCCACGAGGGAGCUGCUGCAUGAAAUCCGAGAUAAAAGUCGCUGCUUGCUUUCGGUAUCAGAGGGUCGAUCUAUAGGGGCCUGUACCCGUAGUAUAAGCGUUUGAGAGAUUUUGCUUGCAAGUUUUAUGAGUAGUUUAGAAGCUUUGUGUCGAUCUAUCGACAUUAAUGACUGUUUUCUUCUGUUAAAUGCUCUGCAGAGUUAUCCGAUAGCUCGAAAUAAUAUUGAGAAGGACUAGAACCUAAUCACAAGUAGGGUUCAUUU